AUAUAUAAAUCUGAUAAAGGUGCAAGAAAUAUUAUAAAUAAAGUAAUUAUAUUACGAACAAUAUAAGUUGAGGAAUGGCUAGUACUGAUCAAGAGAGUGGUACUCCUGCGGUUAAUAGUAAUAAUAUUAGCUAUGAGCCCGUUGGAAAACCACAAAAGUUAGUGCUAAUGUCUACGGUUACACGGAUUGUGUGUCUUGGAUUAUGGCUCUUCAUUGUUAUUCUCCUCUUUAUAGCAUUAAUUGUCCUUGCCACUAAUUCCAAGACAAUUGAAGAUAUCCCAAUUACUCUAAAUGUUCAGAAUGUAUCUGCUUACAGUUACAUGCUUUCUGUGAUUGUGUUUGGCUUGGUAUAUUCCCUCUGGCGAUUAGGAUUCUCAAUCUACCUUUUCAUAACUAAUGUGAAGGGAUACUUUUUGAUAGACUUCUAUGGUGAUAAGAUAAUAUCAUACCUGCUUGCCACUGGAACAGCAGCUGGAUUUGCUGCAACCAAAGAUGUGAAGACAUAUUUUAGCCAACAAUUUCAACUUUUGGAUUUGGAAGAUGGGGAAUUAGACGGGUUCUGCUCAAUGGGAUACGCAUCAGCUAGUUUGGUUCUCAUCGCAUUCAUAUGCACAGCCAUGUUAUCAGUCAUGUCUUCCUACGCAUUCGCUGCAAACGCCAAGCCUCGUGCUUAAUCCCUUAAUUAAUUAACAACAACAAUAUUACUUAUCAUUUUUUGUUAUGUUAUUUAAAUUUCCUUCUCCGUAAUAGCUGUAAUUUUUGUGCCAUAAUUAAUGUGCAUUUUCAUUAUUCUCUAAACAUUGAGCCUCUUGUAUACUCAUUAGUGGUGAGAAGUCCUCUUCUAGAAGUGGAAAUAUAUUUCAACUGAAUUAUUAAUUAAUAAAGGCCUUUG